UUUUAACUGUCAAUUUGGCACUUUUCGAUUUUGUGUAAAACUUGUGCUGUAUAACUGCGAAGGAGCACCCUUUUGGGGGGGAAAGAAGGACCAUGCCAGUGAUCAAAUUGCAGUCCUCGGAUGGGAAGAUUUUCGACACCGACAUCGAGACCGCGAAGUGCUCGAGCACCAUUAAAACCCUGCUGGAGGAUUGUCCACUGGAGGCGGAGAACGACACCCUCAUCCCGCUGCCCAAUGUGAACUCGGCGAUCCUGAAGAAGGUGCUCACCUGGGCCGAGCACCAUCCGGAGGAUAGUGAAGAGGAGCACGAGGGCGAGGCAGCCAGACCCAUGGUGCAGAUCAGUGCCUGGGACGCGGAGUUCCUGGCCAUGGAUCAGGGCUCGCUGUUCGAGCUCAUCCUGGCGGCCAACUACCUGGACAUGCGGAAUCUGCUGAACGCCGCCUGCAUGACGGUGGCCAACAUGAUCAAGGGCCACACGGCGGAGGAGAUUCGCCAGACCUUCCACAUAACCAACGACUUCUCGCCCUCCGAGGAGGACUUGCUGCCCGUGGCGACGGAAGUGGCGGAGGAGGAGGAGGACGAGGCCACGUCCACAGUGUAUGGCGACAUAUAAAUUAGGAGUGAAUAUGGCUUAAUAACUUUUCGAAGGCUUCAGGACAA